CGCGAGUGCGGCGAAGAUGGCGGCGUCGAAGGUGAAGCAGGACAUGCCCCCUCCGGGGGGCUAUGGCCCCAUCGACUACAAGCGGAAUCUUCCGCGGCGGGGACUGUCGGGGGACCAGGUAGGAUGCUGAGGAUCAAACUCGGCUCACCACUUGCAAGGCAAACGCCCCCCUCAAGUACCUUAUGAAGAUAUUGCAGGCUAAAUUCGACCGCUGGAUCAGACUCCUCUCAGUGCCGCUGGGAAGAUUUUGGGGCUACAGCAUGUUCGCCAUGGGCAUCGGGACCCUGCUCUUCGGCUACUGGACCAUGAUCAAGUGGAACCGUGAGCGCAGGCGCUUGCAGAUUGAGGACUUCGAGGCCCGCAUCGCGCUAAUGCCACUGCUCCAGGCCGAGAAGGACCGGAGGGUGCUGCAGAUGCUUCGUGAGAACCUAGAGGAGGAGGCCGUCAUCAUGAAGGAUGUGCCCGACUGGAAGGUCGGCGAGUCCGUGUUCCACACGACACGCUGGGUGAACCCCCUGAUGGGCGAGCUGUAUGCCAUGCGGCCCACUGAUGAGAUCGUCAACUCCACCUACGGCUUCAUUUGGUACACGUAGGGGUGCGGCCUCCUCUAAGGCCCCCCCCAGACAAUAAAGGCUCUGGACUUCCCCAGUUGCGUCCCCAGGGCGGUUUCUGUGUUUA